AUGGGGAUCAUCAACUGGGCGCGGAGCAGGUUCAAUGGCAGAACGGAGAGCAAGCGAUUCGAUCUUGGAACUGCCAGCCAGCAGGAGAGAUUCCAAGUUGUUCCCAGUGAGAAUCAUAUCCCCGACGAACAGCAUCAAUGGCGUUCCCAGCAAGACCACGCCGCGGGUUUCCUCUCCAUUGGCACGCUCGGAAACGUCAUCGACGAGCCGGCCGAAGAAGAACACCCCGAGUCGACGCACGACCUGCCGGAGUUCACCAUCGAGGAGGCAGAGAAGCUCCAGGACGCCCUCGCGAAGCUCCUCAUGCGAGCAAAGUCCAAGUCCGGCUCCCGCAGUGCCGAGGACGGCCUCGGCCUGCCCCUCGACAGGUUCCUCAACUGCCCGUCCAGCCUUGAGGUGGACAGGAGGGACCUUCGGAAGCGCGAUGAAGAUGACGACGUUCAAGGCGACCUCUCGCCCAACACCAAGGUCAUUCUGAGCAUGGCCAAGGACCUGCUAGCCAACACCGGUAACAGCAGAGGCUCCGACAUCAAGAACAAGUCCUUCAAGUUCCUUCUCAGGAAGAUGUUCGUCUGCCACGGCGGCUUCCGGCCGUCCCCGAGCUUCAAGGAUCCGGUUGAAUCCAGAAUGGACAAGUUUUUCCGGACAAUGCUCGGCAAGAAGAUCAAGUUCCGACCGAGCAGCACCACCGCGGCGAAGAGCUAUUACUUGGAGGAUAGACCAAAUGGAGAGUCGCGACGGGGCGAUCGCUCUGGGUGGGAAGUAGAUGAAGAGGAAGAUUGCUGCAGAUGGGAUAGAACAGAUUCUGAAUUCAUUGUUUUGGAAAUAUGA